UGAGGAUAAACUGACAUGUAGGCUUUGGACAUGUGAAAAUGUCACUUGGACAUUGACAUUUUUUAUUUAUGUUUUAUAAAGAAAAGUACACUUUUGUACUACAGGGGGAUGUCAACACAGGUCGAGCAUGCAGCACUGUGCACAUGAAGGAAGAUAAAUCAACUCAGCUGCCGAGGCCUCGAACCUGAAACAGACGCUCUUACGACAGAAGACCCGCAGCUCCCUCUGGACACCUGGGACACCGAGAGCAACUUACGGCCUUCCUAGUGAGGAUUAUGUCAUUAUAGCUGACGACUUGGGCUUCUCCGGUGUUCGACAGCUACGAGGCAAAACCAGUCCUGCUCUCCAGACACGAAGCAGGGAACCAUGGAUGACUCUUAUCACAACAACGUGAACCAGCAGGUGACGGAGAGCGGAGAGUACACCUACACCCAGGACGGAGGAGGUCACGACAGCUACCCUUACCAAACGGACUACCCUCCACAGGACGAGGACGCUGCAAGUGACGACACUGAGGGGGCAGAUGACAACGAACAGAUGUAUGAGGGGGAGUACCAGGGCAUCCCGCACCCAGACGAGAUCAAGGAGGCACGGCGGGCAGCCCGGAUUGAGGCCAGGAGGAAAGCCCGUCAGGCUGCGCAGCAGGUGGACGAGGAGGACAACCUGCCAGAGCAGUACGAGGCCAUCAUGGAGGACUGCGGCCAUGGGCGCUUCCAAUGGAUGCUGUUCUUCGUGCUCGGCUUGGCACUAAUGGCCGAUGGAGUGGAUGGUUUUGUGGUGGGCUUCGUCUUGCCCAGUGCUGAGAAAGACAUGUGCAUAUCCAAUGCUGACAAAGGACUGCUGGGUCUGCUGGUGUAUGUGGCCAUGAUGGUGGGGGCACUGAUUUGGGGGGGUCUGUGCGAUAAGAUGGGCAGGAGGAAGUGUCUGAUCUACGUUCUGACGAUCGACCUGGUCUUCUCCUUCCUGUCCUGCUUCGCCCAGAGCUACGGCUUCUUCCUCUUCUUCAGGUUCUGCUCAGGCUUUGGAAUUGGUGGCUCCAUCCCAAUAGUGUACACCUACUUCACCGAGUUCCUGCAGAUGGAUAAACGUGGAGAACAUCUGAGCUGGCUCUGCAUGUUCUGGAUGUUAGGCGGCCUGUACGCCUCCUUCACCGCCUGGGGAAUCAUCCCUCACUACGGUUGGGGCUUUUCCAUCGGUUCAGAGUUCCAGAUGCACAGCUGGAGACUGUUCAUCUUUGUGUGUCUCUUCCCUGUGCUGGCUGCACUCAUCGGAGUCAUCUUCAUGCCAGAGAGCCCACGUUUCCUCCUGGAGAGCGCCCGGCAUGAUGAGGCCUGGAUGAUCCUGAGACAAGUUCAUGACACGAACUGGAAGGCCAAGGGGGAGCCAGAGAGAGUUUUCACUGCGACCAACAUUAAGACCCCAGAGACACAGGAGGAUGAGUUCAUAGAGAUCCAGAGUGACACCGGCACUGCCUUCCAGCGGUGGACUGUCAGACACACGACUAUGCUGCAACAGGUGAUGGCUAACAUCAUGUCCUUAUCAGCGCCAGAGCUCAGACUGCAAGGUCUCUUCCUGGUUAUUGUCUGGUUCUGCUUGGCUUUCAGCUAUCACGGGCUGGGAGUGUGGUUCCCUGAUAUGAUCAAGUACAUGCAGUAUGAGGAAUACGAAUCAAAGGUGCGAGUGUUCCACCGGGAGCGCGUGGAACGCUUCCAUUUCAACUUCUCUCUUGUCAACCAAAUACACCGGGAGGGAGAGUACAUCCAUGACAAGUUCGCAAACAUUGAGAUCAAGUCUGUGAAGUUUGAGGAUUCUCUGUUUGAGAACUGCUACUUUGAGGAUAUCAAGUCAACCAACACCUUCUUUGAGAACUGCACCUUGAAAAACACUGUCUUCUACAACACAGAUCUCUGGAAGGAAAAGUUCAAAGAAUGUCGAAUGGAGAACACCACCUUCCUCCACCCAAAGAAGGGCUGCCAUCUAAACUUCCAGGAGGAAAAUGACAUUGUCAUCUACAUCGUCAGCUUCCUGGGCAGUUUGGCUGUGUUGCCUGGCAACAUCAUCUCAGCAUUAUUCAUGGACAAGAUAGGACGGAUCAGAAUUAUAGGUGGUUCGAUGCUGGCAUCGUCUGCCUGCACUUUCCUGCUGCUGUUAAGUUUUAGUCAAGGAGCUGUAAUAUGUUGGCAGUGCAUCUUCUAUGGCGUCAGUGUAGCAGCCUGGAAUGGACUAGAGGUCAUUUCUGUGGAACUCUAUCCAUCCUCUAAGAGGGGCACAGCAUUCGGUAUCCUGAAUGGAGUCUGUAAGUUUGCAGCCAUUAUUGCCAGCUUCAUCUUUGCGGCCUUCAUCGGCAUCACUAAGAUCAUCCCCAUCUUCCUGGCCUUCGCUGCUCUCGUCUGUGGCGGUCUGGUUGCUCUCAAACUGCCCGAAACCCGGGAGAAAAUCCUGUCGUGAAAAGCCAAGGACCUGCAGCCUCCAGGCUCCAAACACAGGAAAAGCAUUUUGUUGUAUCAGCGUAAACUGAAAUGGGAUGCCAAGAAAACAAAGCGCCGUCCUGUACUUGCUGUGUUCAUCAGUCUCUUGUGGUUAUUCUCUAUAAAAUGUUUAAAAACCUGUUUGGUUGCCUACAUGGACCUGUUGUUGCUUCCUGUUCCUUCAGUGAGCUCCACAGGCUGCACAGCUUUUCUGACAGGAACUAAUGUUUGUCUUUUCCUUUUAUUUCCCAUUUACUGCCCACACAUACACAUACACA